AUUUGAGCGAAGCUGAUGGGUGGACAGGAUGGCAUUGGUCUGUGGGCCCCACAUUCUCUUCUCUAUCCAUUCCAAUCUGUAACCCCUUCGACCCAUCAUCAUCUCUUCCUCCCCGCCCGGCCUCUUUCUAUUUUGUAAGUUUCAUAGCUCUGAAAUUCGAGAGCAAAAGCAAAAGCAAAAGCAAAAAACAACAAGCUUAUAUAUCGAUGCACGCGGCCUCAAUGACGAAGCUUGCACAGCGGCAGCGGUAGCAGGUCCCUUUUGGUGGUUGGAUUUCUGCGAAUUGGUGAGCAGGUUUGAUCGGAGGGCGUGCGGGGAGAGAAUGAGCAUAAAGGUAGGCAGCAUGCGCGUCGGGAAAUACGAGAUAGGAAAGACCCUGGGCGAGGGAAGCUUUGCAAAAGUGAAGUGCGCGAAGAAUGUCGAGACUGGCGACAUAGUAGCCAUAAAAGUCCUCGACCGUCAUCAAGUGCUCCGUCAUGAGAUGGUGGAACAGAUUAAAAGAGAAAUAUCGACAAUGAAGGAGAUCAAACAUCCAAAUGUUAUCAAAAUUUAUGAGGUUAUGGCGAGCAAAACAAAGAUAUACAUCGUGCUUGAAUUUGUUGAUGGGGGCGAGCUUUUUGAUAAAAUAGCCAAGCAUGGGCGGCUAAAAGAGGAUGAAGCUAGGGGGUAUUUCCAUCAGCUCAUUAAUGCUGUAGAUUACUGCCAUAGUAGAGGCGUGUACCAUAGAGAUUUAAAGCCCGAGAACCUAUUACUGGACUCAUUCGGAGUUCUAAAAAUUUCAGACUUUGGAUUGAGUGCAUUUGCGCAGCAAGUAAGAGAAGAUGGGCUGUUGCACACUGCAUGUGGGACCCCAAAUUAUGUUGCUCCUGAGGUGCUCAAUGACAGAGGUUAUGAUGGAGCAUCGGCUGAUAUUUGGUCUUGUGGUGUUAUUCUCUUUGUUCUUAUGGCUGGAUACUUGCCUUUUGAUGAGAUUAGCCUCAUGGCUUUAUAUAAGAAAAUACUCAAGGCUGAUUUCUCAUGUCCAUCUUGGUUUUCACCUGGUGCAAAAAGAUUAAUAAAGCGUAUCCUUGACCCAAAUCCUCUUACAAGGAUAACAAUUCCUGAAAUCUUAGAAAAUGAAUGGUUCAGAAAAGGCUACAGGCCAACAUAUUUUAAGCAGGAAGAGGGUGUGAAUCUUGAUGAUAUAGAUGCUGUUUUCAAUGAUUCGGAGGAACAUCUAGUAACCGAAAGAAAAGAGAAACCUGUAUCUAUGAAUGCCUUUGAGCUUAUUUCUAGGUCACAGAGUUUCAACCUUGAAAAUUUGUUCGAGAAGCAGGUGGGUCUUGUAAAAAGAGAAACACGCUUUACUUCCCAGCGCCCUGCAAAUGAGAUCAUGUGUAAAAUUGAGGAAGCUGCUAAGCCUCUAGGUUUCAAUGUUCACAAGAAGAACUACAAAAUGAAGUUGCAAGGUGACAAGACUGGUAGGAAGGGCCAUUUAUCUGUUGCUACAGAGGUAUUUGAGGUGGCCCCCUCCCUGCACAUGGUGGAGCUCCGGAAAACUGGUGGUGACACUUUGGAAUUUCACAAGUUCUAUAGAAGCUUUUCGGCAGGACUGAAAGACGUUGUCUGGAAAUCUGAUGCAAAUGCUGAUGAAGUGAAACCAGAUGCAAAUGCUAAUAAAUUGAGGUCAUAACAGAAACCUGCUUGUUGGGUCUGCUACUGUAUGCCUUCAUCCUUCCGUAUCUGGCAGCAUAUAUUGGUCAACGUAGUUUAGGAGCCUGCCAUGGGCAGAAAUGUAUAAAUUUUCCUAUUUUAGAGACCCUCUUUUUUGGUUUCCACCCCAACCACACCCCCCCCCCCCACCUCCACUUUCUUGUCUUAUUUGUUAACUAUUGAGCUUGUUGCAUUGAAUCUUUAAAAACAUAUUAUGGUUUGAAAAAUUGGAGAAGAAAUCUCUACUAUUGAUGCAAUGAAGACAUUACUAGUGGUUUGUAAGAA